AUGCGCGGUGUCCGGGUGGGGCCCGCGGGCGGCUGGUGCCGGCCUGCUACCGCGGCAGCGCUCGGAGCCCCCGGCCGCCGGCGGGGCACGGGCGAGGCUCCCACACAGAGAGCGCGGAGCGGCCUGCCAGGGGUGCCAUUUCAUCAGCCAUCCUUGGCCCUGGCUGGCGAAGGAGAAGACGCCCAGAAGGGAGCGCUGCUCUUCGACGCCCUGCCACCGGCCAGCAGUGCUGACUCAGGGCCGGGGGGACCUUUGCUCUUUGAUGACCUUCCACCUGCUGGCAGCGGCGGCGAAACAGGUGCCCCAGCUGCCCCGCUGCCCCUGCUGGCAAAGGAGGAGGGCAAGGCCGCCAAGAGGAAGAGCCCCGCGGGAGAGAAGAACGGCAGGGAAGAGCUUGUGGAAAAGAAAGUUUGUAAAGCCUCAGCCGUGAUCUUGGGCCUGAAGGGCUACGUGGCCGAGCGGAAGGGGGAGCGUGAGGAGAUGCAGGACGCCCACGUCAUCCUGAAUGACAUCACAGAGGAGUGCCGGCCCCCUGCCCUCAUCGCACGUGUGUCCUACUUCGCGGUGUUUGAUGGACACGGAGGGAUUCGAGCCUCAAAAUUCGCAGCACAGAAUCUGCACCAGAACUUGAUCAGGAAGUUUCCCAAAGGGGAUGUCGCCAGUGUCGAGAAGACGGUGAAGCGAUGCCUGCUGGACACGUUCAAGCACACGGACGAGGAGUUCCUCAGGCAGGCGUCCAGCCAGAAGCCUGCCUGGAAGGAUGGGUCCACUGCCACGUGUGUCCUGGCUGUGGACAACACUCUGUACAUCGCCAACCUCGGAGACAGUCGGGCCAUCUUGUGCCGCUACAACGAGGAGAGCCGGAAGUACGCCGCGCUGAGCCUCAGCAAGGAGCACAACCCCACCCAGUACGAGGAGCGCAUGCGCAUCCAGAAGGCUGGGGGGAAUGUCCGGGACGGGCGUGUCCUGGGAGUGCUGGAGGUGUCACGGUCCAUUGGUGAUGGGCAGUACAAGCGCUGUGGGGUCACCUCUGUGCCCGACAUUCGGCGCUGCCAGCUGACCCCUAACGACAGGUUCAUCUUGCUGGCCUGUGACGGCCUCUUCAAGGUCUUCACCCCAGAGGAAGCUGUGCACUUCAUCAUGUCCUGCCUGCAGGACGAGAAGAUCCAGACCCGAGAGGGGAAGCCAGCUGUGGACGCCCGCUAUGAGGCGGCCUGCAACCGGCUGGCCAGCAAGGCGGUGCAGCGGGGCUCUGCAGAUAACGUCACGGUCAUGCUCGUGCGCAUCGGGCAGUGAGGGGCCAGCGGUGCCCGGGCACCGCGUGGCGCGCCCUGGGCUGUAAAUAAAGGUUUUGUUUUUUUCCUAG